UCAAGCUCCUGAAGACGACUCGGGCAAACAUCUUACCGUUUAGGCUAUAUGCAGCUUGGAGGACGUGUGAGUCUUUUGCAGCAACAAUUAAAACGACCUUGACUAGUGAAGGCAGAUUACAGCAGACAUUUAUGGAACGCCAAACCCUAUACUGGGCUCUGAGGACACAGAAGUGGACUUUCUAAACAUCACUGGGAUCCAACUGAAGGUCAUAAUGAGACUAGCAUCCUAAGCGAAUGAAAUUCUCUUCUCAAAGAAAUCCUCCUGCUGUAUUUCCAUUGUGAGAAGUGCAACCCUGUGGGAGAGAAGGAUAUCUCAUGCAAAUUAUUUCCAGAAAGGAUUCAGACUCCAAUGGCAUAUAGAAGACUGCUCUGUGCUUGCCAGUACAGCAUCCCCAGGCCUCCUGCUGUAAGUAUAGCUUCUUUCGACAAAGAAAGCCACGGAGAAGCAAGUCCCUCUCCAACACUGUCCAGUGAAUGGGAAGGGACCCCACUGAUCUUCACGGUCAGACAAGAAAUGAAUAUGGGAGCCAGAGAAGCACCCGGACAGGCCUGGGGCAGUUCAUUUCUGGAACAGGCUUACUCUGAGGCCGUACAGUGCCGUCGCCUCAACGGGAGAAGCCAGGCCCCCUUUGCCUCGUCCAGGGUCUCCUGGAGUUUGUCAGAACUUGAGCUGGAAGAGAGGAUGGCAGCCGCAGUAGGCGCACUGGCAAACCCAGAUUCCCGAAGCUGGCUCCUGGGCGCGCCCGGGAAUUCAGUGGGAAGGGGCACAGUUGCCAUGGCACCAAAGAUGCUCCCCAAGCAUCUUCAUCCCCCCGAGAACAGGGGGCCCGGGGCAGACGCCUCUCUCCCCGGCAGUCUGGCAGCAGCGCCCCUUCCUGUGUUUGCCGGUGCUCCCACCCAUCUCCCCUCCAAGAGGUUAAUCAAGGUUUGCUCCUCUCCCCACUCCCGCCUACCCCCGCGUUUCCAUACGGUUUGUUCACAGGCCCCUCCUAGGCCGGGGGUGAAUGCUCACUUAUGCUGA